AUGUCUUUGCCCGCGCGGCACAGAUGCUUUGAUCUCCGCAACCGUAAUAAGCACGAGCGCAUUGACGAGCAAGGAAACGUGCGGUGCAGGGAUACAGGAGGCUCAGCUGGACGGUGCAUCCUGGUGGUGGCAGCCACGGACGGACAGAUGCCCCAGACCAGGGAGCACCUCCUGCUGGCCCGGCAGAUAGGCGUGGAGCACGGGGUGGUGUUUGGAACAAAGCGGAUGCAAACAAACAGCCUGACCUGGGGUGUGAACGAAGAGCUGAAGCUCCUAGAGAUAGUGGAUGAAUACGUCCCCUGCCCAGAGAGAGAGCAGGAGAAACCCCCCUGCUGCCCAUCGAGGGAGUCUCACUCUAUCCAGGUGACUGAGAAGAGGGGAACGGUGGUGACUGGCACUUUGGAGAGGGGCGUCAUUAAGAAGGGAGAGACUGUGAGUUUGUGGGGCACAACCGUGCCCUCAAGCAUUGAGAUGUUCCACCAGUCUCUGGACAGAGCGGAGGCAGGAGAUAACCUGGGUGCUCUGGUCCGAGGGCUGAAGAGGGAGGAAUUAGGAGAGGGAUGGUGAUGAGAAACCAGUUAUCAGCCUGACCAGAAAGUUUCAUCCCAGGUCUAUGUCCUGAGCAAGGAGGAGGGUGGCAGACACAAGCCCUUUGUCAGUAACUUUAUGCCAGUCAUGUUCUCACUCACCUGGGACAUGGCCUGCAGGGUCCACCUGGCAGGAGACAAGGACAUGGUGAUGCCAGGUGAAGACACAUCGCUGACCCUCACGCUGCGCCAGCCUAUGAUUCUGGAGAAAGGUCAACGGUUCACUCUCAGAGAUGGCAACAAAACUAUUGGCACCGGCCUGGUUACUGACAUACUGACCACCACAGAAGAAGACCAACACAACUGGGGCUAAGGAGAGAGGAGAAAAUAUGGGAGGGAAGGAAGUAUCUAUCUGUCCAAUAUAUCGGUCUUUAGACAUAAACACACACACAGCAGUAAGGAGCUGCCGAGGCUGCAUGGCUCUCUGCUUUACUGACCAACCAGAAGACCCACAAUGAGAUGUUCAGAGUUGUCUUUCUGUGAAAAGGCCAGACUGUCAUUUUCCGCUUGUGUAAUAAAAUGUAUUUAAUAGUAAAACAUCC